GUUUUUUGACGCCAGCGAUGAGUCCGCACAGGAGUUGCCGUUUCGAGCCGUUCGGCGAUCAGUGACCAGUUGUUUGGGUCACUCGUGAGGCCAUUGGGUGGCGGGGAUUGUCUGGCCCUCCACUGCCCCCACACAACGCCCUUCAGACGCCCUCUGCAGUGAGUGUCACGUGACUGAUGUCGCGCCCAACCGUCAGCCGGACGUCAAUCGUGUGUUCGUCCGGAAAGGAUAAGCACACGUACGACUCGGAACGCGCGGAUCCGCCGCAACGCAGCGUUUGUUCAGAGCCUCCGUCCGAAGUGUCUUCGCUGUCCUCUCUGGAGACGGAAUCGCUUGUGAAACGCGAUUCCGUUGUCCGCCGUCUCGACGUCAGACACCCGUUGCGCUCAAACGGCAAAUACCAUAACCCGUGGCCCACUUGGGACGCGCCCUCUCUUGCCUUCAAUCUGUUGCGCUUCGGACGACACGCGAAGAUCCCCUCCAAACAAGAGCUCGACCGCACUCUACCCGUACUCGAGCCCGACUUCAAG